CAAAUGGUAAUCAAACUCUAUAAUACGCGGUGAAACGCUGACGCGCUCACUUUUUCUAGAAUAAUGUACGUUUAGCUUCCAAUUAAACUUAAUUGGCAAAAAAGGGACAGCGGCACUGCGUUAAUGGCUAAGCCUCUCGGGUCGGGUGCAUUUAAAGCGCUGAAUCACCGCACUAUUUUUUGUAGUUAGCUCAACCUCCAACGGUCCUCAUUCAUUCUUUUUUUGCUUAACUACACUCAUUUAAACAAAGUCACUCAUUUCUACUUCUCUAAUCAUGCGUGUUUCUACCCUCUUGGGCCUGAGCGCCUACGCCGUCGCUGAGGCGAGCUGUUCGCGCAACAUCAUUUACUAUGACCAGUGGCACACCGACGACCUCCCCCCAAAGGACGUCACGCACAGCGUCACCCACGUCAUGAUGUCCUUUGCCAACUCUUCGCUCUUCACUACUGAGCCUUCUGGCAAGUACGAGCCUUUCCAGCCUCUCAAGCAGGUUCGCGCUCUUUUCGACCACGACAUCAAGGUCUGUCUUGCUAUUGGUGGUUGGGGCGACAAUGCUGGUUUCGACGCGGGUCUCAAGACCGAUCGCAGCCGGGAGAGGUUCGCUCGCAACGUUGCUUCUACUCUUGAUAGACUCGGUUACGACUGUGUUGACAUCGACAUGGAGUAUCCCGGUGGUAACGGCGCCGACUACAAGCAGGUCGUCAACUCCAAGAAGACCUACGAGAUCCAGGCCUUCCCCAAGCUCCUCAAGGAGAUCAAGAAGUUCAUCGGCUCAAAGGAGCUCUCCAUCGCUGUCCCUGGUCUUGAGCGUGACAUGAUCGCCUACGUCCCCAGCGAGACCCCUCUCAUCGAGAAGUCCGUCGACUUUGUCAACGUCAUGACCUACGAUCUCAUGAACCGCCGUGAUUCCUACACCACCCACCACGUCUCCGUCAAGGGUGCUGCCCGUGCCAUCGACAAGUAUCUCUCCCUCGGCUUCCCCGCUCACAAGCUCGUCCUCGGCAUUCCCUUCUACGCCAAAUGGUUCACCACCAAGCAGGGCUACAAGUGCACCAACCCCAUCGGCUGCCCUACUGAGCUCCUCGAGAACCCCAAGGAUGGUAGCGACACUGGCAAGUCCGGCUCCAUGACCUUUGAGGCUGCCAACUUUGUCUCUGCCCCUACCAACUUGACUACUACUCCCGAUGCUACCUGCGGUGCUGGUACUUUCUUCAAGUGCGCUACUGGAGGUUGCUGUGCCGCUUCCGGCUGGUGUGGUGAUACCGCUGCUCACUGCGGUACUGGCUGCCAGUCCGCCUACGGCCACUGUGACGGCAUUGAUCUGUCCGCCUCAUUCCACGAGGCUCUCGACAAGGGCAAGACUGACAAGGCCAACGGAGGACAGUGGUACUGGGAUGCCCCCAACCGCAUCUUCUGGUCCUGGGACACUCCCGAGCUCAUCGCUGAGAAGAUCAGCCUUCUUGCCAAGACCCGCGGUGUCAAGAGUGUCAUGGCCUGGGCUCUUGCUCUUGACAGCCAUGACUGGAGCCACCUCAAGGCUAUGCAGCAGGGCUUCGACCGUGUUAACGCUUAGAUGCCUGGCAGCUCGUUCAGCGGGGCUCCUUCGGGGUCCAGACUAUAGACUUAUAGAAUAAUAGCUGGGGUGUGAGGUCAACAGAUUUGUUUAGUACUGCAAUAAAUAAGUCUUCCCUGGUGCAUUUACGACUUACGCUACGCAAAAUUAUACUUGUCAUGUGAUCAUUGUGAAUAGCGAACUGGGCAGCGAGGUGACGUGAACUAAUAAGGAAGCAGUUUUGGGCUUCUUGCAGUGUAUUUUGAAGAGGGUUAUUUCAAGCUGAUAGACCUGGUAGCUGAUGCUUACAUCGCGCGCCUUACUGUCUGCUUCCUGGUAAAUUAGUCACUUUAUGUCGAUGAACCUGAUAAUUAAUCCCGAAUCUAAG